AUGGGCCUCUUUAAGGUGCUAGCGAGUGCGCUGGGAAUGAAGAAAACGCAGGUCCGUAUCCUCGUUGUAGGACUUGACAACAGUGGCAAAACGACGCUAGUGAAUCAUCUGAAGCCCAAGAAGAGCCAAUCUCGUGAGGUCGUCCCCACCAUCGGCUUUCAAGUGGAGGAAUUCACAAAAUCCAAUCUCAACUUUACUGUUUUCGACAUGUCCGGUCAAAGUCGCUACCGAAGUUUGUGGGAGAACUACUACAGCGACGUUCAGGCAAUUAUCUACGUGCUAGACUCCACCGACGCCAUCCGUAUGUGUGUGGCCAAGGACGAGCUAGAGCAGCUUGUUGAACACAAGGAACUGUCAUCCAAGAAAGUCCCGAUCCUUUUUUUCGCCAACAAGAUGGAUCUGCCGAGUGCGCUCACACCCGUCGAGUGCAUGCAGCAACUCGAACUCGACAGUCUAGGGAGCAAGUCCUGGCACAUUACUGCAAGCAACGCUGUUACCGGUCGUGGAGUGGAAGAAGGCAUCGAAUGGCUUGCCGACCAGUUCGCUAAGGGUAAAUCCCGGAAGUGA